AGCUGGGUAUGUAGUUAGCUGUAGUUAGAAUCGAACAUUUUCCUUCAUUCAAAGAUUCCCUACAUUCUGUGAAAUGUUAUUCAGUGUUAAAUAAUGUAUUCUACAUUUAUCUCGACAAAACUGCGCACUUGUGUUUCUCUUCAUUGUUAAUCCCACUGAAGCUAGCAAUGCUGCUCCUGCUUUGACGUUUCUAACACUGGCAGCUGUUUGAAGCUAAUUCUUAGUUUAGAGCCAAGUUCGUUUGGCUGACGCCCAUCUUAAUAUUAGGAAAACACAAAAAUUGACCCAACUGCCUGCAUGUGCCGCUAUGUCCGUCUCCCAGAUCAACCCCACCCUGUUCCUGAGUGGUGCAGAUGCUGCAAUGAACAAGGCGUUGAUCUCUCACAGAGGCAUCACCCUCAUCAUCAACGUUACCCCUGUUACAUCCCCCGUGCACCAAGGGGUGGAAUGCCGGCAAGUACCGGUCUCUGACCAACCACACGCCCGUCUCUGUGAUCACUUUGAGAGUAUGGCAGAAUGCAUCCACAACAACCAGACGGGCAGCACGCUGGUUCACUGUGCUGCGGGCAUGAGCCGAUCUCCCGCUUUGGUCAUGGCUUACCUCAUGAGGUACAAAGGGGUGACUCUACGCCAAGCCCACGACUGGGUACGCGACUGUCGGCCGUACAUCCGACCCAAUGCUGGAUUCUGGCGCCAACUCCUGGACUACGAAAAGAAACUGUAUGGCAAGAACACAGUAAAAAUGACAGCCACUCCUCUAGGAGUGCUGCCGGAGGCAAUGGCCUCAGAAGGGGACGCAGAGUACUGCCUCAGCUGGUGAAAGACUU